AUGGGACCAACAUGUUCCAAUAAAUGGUGGGACCUACAAAUACAGCAAACAUUGGAUAUUGAGGGGUAUCUCGGUUUGGAUAUAGUAAAAAAUGGAAGGCUGAUGACAGAUACCGAGGGCUCAAAAGAGCAGAAGCCCUCGAGUAGUACAGAAUGUGAAACAAAGAAAUUAGAAGAGGAUGAUGACAGGCCAAAGCUUCCAAAAGCUUAUGAAAUGGGACUGAAUGUAAAAGCCAUGAAACUUGUCCUGAACAGUUUUUUGUUGCUGCUGCUCCAAGAAUUCAGUACAGCUGUGAAGGAUGAUGUAAGAUCUAGCUGCAGAACUGCUCCAAAUGACUUGGUUUUUAUUUUGGAUGGCUCAUUUAGUGUAGGGCCAGAAAAUUUUGAAAUUGUCAAAAACUGGAUUGUCAACAUAUCCAGCAGUUUUGAAAUUGGGACUACAUUUACACAGGUGGGUGUCAUACAAUAUAGUGAUGAUCCAUUGCUAGAAAUACCAUUGGACAAAUACAGGUCAAAUGAAGACUUGAUGAAAGCAAUGGAAGCUAUAUUAUACCGGGGUGGAAACACAAGAACAGGAAAAGCUAUAACAUUUGGAGUUAACUACGUAUUUGCUACCUCAACCAGGGCUGCUAAUGCUGUGACAAAGGUAGCAGUUGUACUUACAGAUGGAAAAUCCCAAGAUGAUGUGAAGGACUCAGCAGAGGAAGCAAGGAAAAAGAAAAUUAUACUGUUUGCAAUUGGAGUUGGUCAAGAAAUAGAAGAUGCAGAACUUCAAGCAAUUGCAAAUAAACCUUCAUCCACAUACGUGUUUCAUGUUGAAGAUUACAGCGGUAUAACCAAAAUUAGAGAAACAAUCAAACAAAAGCUUUGUGAAGAGACUGUCUGCCCUACAAGAAUACCUGUGGCAGCUCGAGAUGAAAAAGGCUUUGAUAUCCUUGUUGGAUUAGAUAUUAGAAAAAAAGCCAGUAAAAUUGAAGGGUCUUACCAUGGCAAAAAAGCUUAUAGAGUUGCAUCACAGAGUGAUUUAACGGAAAAAACAAGUGACAUUUUUCCUGAUGGCCUUCCUCCCUCCUAUGUCUUUGUGUCCACAUUACGAUUCAAGAGACCAGUAACUAAAGAAAAGUGGGACUUGUGGAGAAUUCUUGCUCUAGAUGGCACAAUUCAAACAGCAGUUACAUUGAAUGGAGAAGACAAUACAGUAAUCUUCCAUACAACACACAAGACAAAUGAUACACAGUCUGUGACCUUCAUGUCUCCUCUUAUAAAGGCAUUGUUUGAUGAAAACUGGCACUUAUUGCGAGUCCUCAUAACAGAGAGGGAUGCCACUUUAUACCUAGAUGAUAAAUUGAUUGAGACAAGGCAACUAGAACCGGUUCUUGGUAUCUUCAUCAGUGGAAGAACACAAAUAGGGAAGUACUUUGGGAAAGAAGCAACUGUACCAUUUGAAGUUCAAAAGUUAAGGAUUUACUGUGACCCAGAACAAAAUCAACGAGAAACUGCCUGUGAAAUUCCAGCUGUUCUGGUUGAGGGAAAAGAAAAAUUACCAGCUGGUACUCAGGAGAUUGCUAGUUCUACUGUUUUGGCCAGUGCUAAUUUCGUAAAAAUAUACAAACAGACAAGGAAGAAGCAGUGUGACAGUAGUCUUGAUGACGUUAUGUCCACACCACCCCCUUGUACAUGUGCUCCAGGUCCAGCUGGCCCUCGAGGUCUAAAGGGAGAACGUGGAGUAUCUGGGGAACAAGGCGAUGCCGGAAGACCUGGUGCAGAUGGUAAGCCUGGAAUUCCAGGAUUGCCUGGAAGCCCAGGCAUACCAGGACCCCAAGGUAUCCAGGGAUUGCGUGGGCUUCAUGGAUACAAGGGCGAGCAAGGGAUCCCUGGUGUUCCGGGUGAACAAGGUCUUCCAGGAUUUCAAGGACCAUCUGGACCACCAGGACCUGUGGGUUCUAAAGGUUUAAAAGGGGAACCAGGCCUACAUGGUUUUAAGGGUGAAAAGGGUUCAAAAGGUGACAAAGGUUCUCAUGGUUUUCCUGGAUUACGUGGAUUUCCUGGGCAUCAAGGUGCAAGUGGGAAAAAUGGCUUACCUGGAAUUCCUGGCAUGAAGGGAGAACCUGGAGAGGUCGGUCACCCAGGAUUAGAUGGAAUAGCAGGAAUGCCUGGAAUUCCUGGGAUGCCAGGAUAUAUUGGACCAAUGGGACCCAAGGGGAGAGAUGGAAUUCCUGGGGAGAAAGGAGAUCGGGGCUCUCCUGGCAAAACAGGUGAAAUGGGACUAUCAGGUUUACCUGGAUCAAGAGGACUACCUGGGCCUAAGGGUUACAAGGGUGAACAAGGAAUUCAAGGCAUUCAAGGGCAAAAUGGCAAUAAGGGGCAGAAAGGAGAACCAGGUUUGCCAGGUCAGCCAGGACAAUCUGGAAUGCCAGGAAUGAAAGGAAUAAAGGGUGACAAAGGAAAUGCAGGUGUCAAGGGAAACCAGGGUUACAAGGGUUUAUCAGGACAGCCAGGACUUCCAGGACUACAGGGGACAAAAGGCUCAACAGGAUCAAAAGGAGAGGCUGGAGAACCAGGAGCAUCAGGCACUGCAGGCAUAAGAGGUCAGAAGGGUGAACCUGGUUUACCUGGCAGAACUGGAAAUCCAGGUCCUAAAGGAAAGACUGGGCUUUCAGGACCACCAGGACCACCCGGUCCAGAAGGAAUUUCAGGAAAAGUCAUUUCAGAUGAGUACAUCCGACAGGUUUGCAUGGAUGUGCUAAGAACCCAGUUGCCUUCAGUUUUGCGCAACGAAAGGAAUGAAAAUUGUUUGCACUGUCAGAUCCGCAAGGGUUCACCUGGACCACCAGGGCCACAAGGACCACCAGGACUUCCUGGACUUCAAGGUCCACCUGGUUUCCCAGGUUUGGAUGGUGAACAAGGUCAACCAGGUCAUUUAGGUUUACCUGGUCUUCCAGGCAUUCAAGGACUCAUGGGAUUCCCUGGUUUGAAAGGUGAGAAAGGUGACAGAGGAGUUGGUUCCCCUGGAAUGCAAGGCCUACCAGGACCACCAGGAUCUAUGGGCUUACCUGGAGUUAGUAAAGAGGGAUCCCCAGGAAAGCCUGGUGCACCUGGAAAUGCUGGAAAUCCUGGAAACACAGGGAGGCCUGGGCCUCCCGGUCCACCUGGAACAUGUCAUCCAUCUCUAUGCUAUGGAACAAUUGGAGGAAGAGAUCCCUUUAGAAAAGGACCAAACUAUUGAAGCUGGAUCAUCAACCAUAUUGGAUGAAUGGACUUGGAGUGAGUUUAUGAUAUUACUAAGUCUGGUGCUUAUUAUUUUUAAAAUCCUAAAAGAAAUCUCAGGAUAAUUUACAUGAGUGUACCCAUGUUCU